GGGGGGAGGGGCGGGAUUUCCUGCGGGAGGCGCCGAGCCGGCCUCGGAAAAGGAGGAGGAGGAGAAAAGGGCCAAGAGGGGCAGUGGGAGCCACCGUCCAAGUGCCAGGGACCAAGCAGGACCAUCUGGACCCCUGGCGGGGCGGCUGGGAGAGGCUCUGGCACAGUCUUCAGCAUACCUUCAGUUGACCUUUUCCAGACUCCUGAGACCUGUCCACCACUGCUGCCUGAGGCCCAAGGGAAUGCUGGCUGCUCUCCGGGUGGGCACUGGUGCUUCAGAGCCACAUUGGGAAGAUUGGUAUACCCAGUCCCGGCCCAUCCCAGGGCUGUCAGAAGCUGCAAGCUGAUAUCCGUCCAGAUUUCCACACAGCCUCCACCCCCUCAGAGAUCAGCUUUCUGGCUUGUGGCAGCAGCUCACGAAGCACCUUGAAGGAGUACUUGUCAGCACCUAAAAGGAAAUUCACUGCCUGGGAAACCAGACACGCUUCCCCUGGAUGCCUGGCCAUCCAAAGGGCCAAGGGAUGGCAUCCUGACGCCUCAGCUUAGACCAGUUUCCCGCCUCUACCCUGGAUUCCUGAGCCCACAGCCUAGCCCAGGGACCAGGAUGGGUCGCGAACAGGACCUGAUCCUCGCUGUCAAGAAUGGAGAUGUGACUGGUGUGCAGAAAUUGGUUGCCAAAGUCAAGGCGGCAAAGACAAAGCUCCUUGGCUCCACGAAGAGACUCAAUGUCAACUACCAGGAUGCUGAUGGAUUCUCUGCUCUCCACCACGCCGCCCUGGGGGGUAGCCUGGAGCUCAUAGCCCUGCUGCUGGAGGCUCAGGCCACCGUUGACAUCAAGGACAGCAAUGGCAUGCGCCCGCUGCACUAUGCGGCCUGGCAGGGCCGGCUGGAACCCGUGAGGCUGCUACUGCGGGCCUCUGCGGCCGUGAACGCUGCCUCACUGGAUGGACAGAUCCCUCUGCACCUGGCUGCCCAGUAUGGACACUAUGAAGUGUCAGAAAUGCUCCUCCAGCAUCAGUCCAACCCGUGCUUGGUCAACAAGGCCAAGAAGACGCCCUUGGACCUGGCCUGCGAAUUUGGACGGCUAAAGGUGGCCCAGCUGUUACUGAACAGCCACUUAUGCGUGGCGCUGCUGGAAGGGGAGGCCAAGGACCCAUGUGACCCCAACUAUACCACACCCCUGCACUUGGCUGCCAAGAAUGGCCACAGAGAGGUCAUCAGGCAGCUCCUAAGAGCUGGGAUUGAGAUCAACCGCCAGACCAAGACAGGCACUGCUCUCCACGAGGCCGCACUAUACGGCAAGACCGAGGUGGUGCGGCUCCUCCUGGAGGGUGGGGUGGAUGUGAACAUUCGGAACACGUAUAACCAGACGGCACUGGACAUCGUGAAUCAGUUCACCACCUCCCAGGCCAGCCGGGAAAUCAAGCAGCUACUUCGGGAGGCCUCAGGAAUCCUGAAGGUCCGAGCACUCAAGGAUUUCUGGAACCUCCACGAUCCCACUGCUCUCAAUGUCCGGGCAGGUGACGUCAUCACGGUGCUUGAGCAGCAUCCUGACGGCCGCUGGAAGGGCCACAUCCACGAGAGCCAGAGGGGCACGGACCGCGUGGGCUACUUUCCCCCAGGCAUUGUCGAAGUGGUCAGCAAGCGGGUGGGUGUGCUUGCACCCCGCCUUCCUUCGGCGCCCACCCCUCUGCGCCCAGGCUUCUCCCGGACACCACAGCCCCCUGCUGAUGACCCCCUGCACCCUGUUACCUAUGGCCAGCUGCCUCGGGUGGGCCUCAGCCCAGACAGCCCAGCAGGUGACAGGAACAGUGUGGGCAGUGAGGGCAGUGUGGGCAGCAUCCGCAGUGCUGGCAGCGGGCAAAGUUCCGAGGGCACCAAUGGCCACAGCACCAGCCUCCUUAUUGAGAACGCCCAGCCGCUACCCUCUGCCGGAGAGGACCAGGUGCUGCCGGGACUGCACCCUCCAUCCCUGGCAGACAACCUGAACCACCGCCCUCUGGCCAACUAUCGCUCUGGGGAGCAGCUCUUCACCCAGGAUGUGAGGCCAGAGCAGCUGCUGGAGGGGAAGGAUGCUCAGGCCAUUCAUAACUGGCUGAGUGAGUUCCAGCUGGAGGGCUACACUGCCCACUUUCUGCAGGCCGGCUACGACGUGCCAACUAUCAGCCGCAUGACACCCGAGGACCUGACAGCCAUCGGGGUGACCAAGCCUGGGCAUAGGAAGAAGAUCGCCUCAGAGAUCGCCCAGCUCAGCAUUGCCGAGUGGCUGCCCAACUACAUCCCAGCGGACUUGCUGGAGUGGCUGUGCGCACUGGGGCUGCCCCAGUACCACAAGCAGCUGGUGAGCAGCGGCUACGACUCCAUGGGACUGGUGGCCGACCUCACCUGGGAGGAGCUGCAGGAGAUCGGUGUCAACAAGCUGGGUCACCAGAAGAAGCUUAUGCUGGGGGUGAAGAGGCUGGCUGAGCUUCGGCGGGGCCUACUGCAGGGCGAGGUCCCAGGGGAAGGCGGCCGCCGGCUGGCCAAGGGCCCGGAACUGAUGGCCAUCGAGGGGAUGGAGAAUGGGGACAGUCCGGCUGCAGCUGGCCCACGCCUCCUCACCUUUCAGGGCAGCGAGCUGAGCCCGGAGCUACAGGCAGCCAUGGCAGGGGGUGGCCCUGAGCCACUCCCCCUGCCCCCUGCCCGUUCCCCUAGCCAGGAGAGCAUUGGAGCACGCUCACGAGGGUCCGGUCAUUCACAGGAACAGCCUGCCCCCCAACCCAGUGGUGGAGACACCAACACCCCACAGGAGAGGAAUCUUCCAGAGGGCACGGAGCGGCCCUCUAAGCUUUGUUCACUUCCUGGCCAAGGACCCCCCUCUUAUGUUUUUAUGUACCCCCAGGGCUCGCUCUCCAACCCAGCUCCAGGGCCGCCACCUGGUGCACCUCGGGCCUUCUCCUACUUGGCUGGGCCCCCUGCCACUCCUCCAGACCCCCCUCGGCCCAAGCGCCGGUCCCAGAGCCUGAGCCGCCCCUGUGCAGCCGAAGGGGAAGCAGAGGGGGAGGCUGAAGGGCCAGUGGAUAGUGCCUUGGGCAGUUACGCCACCCUGACCCGGCGACCAGGACGCAGCGCCCUAGCCCGGACCAGCCCCAGCCUGACCCCAACCCGAGGGGCUCCCCGCAGCCAGUCCUUUGCCCUUAGAGCCCGCCGCAAAGGACCCCCCCCACCCCCCAAGCGCCUCAGCUCUGUCUCUGGCCCUACUCCGGAGCCGCCUCCACUAGAUGGAAGCCCUGGGCCCAAGGAGGGGGCUGCUGGGUCCCGGAGACGAACACUGAGUGAACCUACUGGCCCCUCAGAGCCCCCUGGCCCACCAGCCCCAGCUGGCCCUGCAUCGGACACGGAGGAGGAGGAGCCAGGGCCUGAGGGGACACCCCCGUCCCGGGGCAGCUCAGGGGAAGGGCUCCCAUUUGCAGAGGAGGGAAACCUGACUAUCAAACAGCGCCCCAAGCCGGCAGGCCCCCCACCCCGGGAGACACCCGUGCCACCCGGCCUCGAUUUCAACCUCACAGAGUCAGACACUGUUAAGCGGAGGCCCAAAUGCCGGGAGAGGGAGCCGCUGCAGACGGCACUCCUGGCCUUUGGGGUGGCUGGUGCCACACCCAGCCCCCCUGCUCCCCUGCCCUCCCAGGCCCCCAGUGAGUCCCCCUCAGCUUCUCCUAGCCCUUCCCGGCCUGACCCUAGCAGCCUUCCAACUCCAGGAGCUCCAGCCCCUCCUUGUUCCAGUCCCCCGACCCAGGCCCCAGUGCCUCCCUGCCCUGGCCCGGCUCCGGAAAACUCAGCAGGCAAUUGGCGGCAUGGGGAGAUGGAGCCCCCGGCUCCCCCCGCUGCCCUCAUCAAGGUGCCUGGAGCAGGAACAGCCCCCAAGCCUGUGUCUGUGGCCUGCACCCAGCUGGCAUUUUCUGGCCCUAAGUUGGCUUCCCGGCUUGGCCCCCGCCCAGUGCCUCCUCCAAGGCCAGAGAGCACUGGGGCUGCGGGCCCAGGCCGGGCCCAGCAGAGACUGGAGCAGACCAGUUCAUCCUUGGCAGCUGCAUUGCGGGCCGCAGAGAAGAGCAUCGGCGCUGAGGAGCGAGAUGGCCCUCCUGGCACCUCCACCAAGCACAUUCUGGAUGACAUCAGCACCAUGUUCGACGCCCUGGCUAACCAGCUGGAUGCCAUGCUGGACUGAGCUGGACCUGCUGGUAGCCUUCAGCAGUGCACACCAUGACCUGCAGUGACCAAUGCCUUUCCCCCAGCACGGAAGCAGCUCCUGCUGCCGUAGCAGGGUCCCUUAGGCUGCUCCAGGCCAGCAGCUGUCAGCACCACCGCUCCAGGAGGCAGCACCCUUGCCCCCUGCUCCUGCCCCAGGGAGCUGAGGGGACCUGUCAGAAACUGACAUCUCAGCAAAGCCCCCUCCAGUGUGUAAUCUGAUGGGAUGGCCCUGCCUUUUGGACAGGGGCCCGGUAAGAGCUUCCUCCCCUGGAAGAAAGAAGUGGUAGCAGGGCUUCUUGGGGUGCUUCCUCUGUCCCCCGUGUCUUGAGUCCCUGUGUUGAGGGCCUCUUGCCACCCACUUUGCCGUCCUAGCUCCUGGCAGGCUGGAGGAGGCUGAGUGUCUGGCCUGGUCCCCCGCAGGUGUACAUAGGACAUGUAAAUAAGCAGCCAGGGGCCUGCUCGCAGCGGCGGUGGCAGUGCCCAGGCCAGCCUCUGCUCCCGCCCCUGCCUGCCCUCAGUGAGGCAAAGCUGGCAGGGGUGGGGGCAGCGGGAUUAACAGAUCCCCGAAGUCCAAACUCUUUCAACUGUAAAUGUAAUUUUUUAAGCAGAGAGAAAGCAUAUAUUUUAAAUGGAAUUUAUUCUAUCUAUAACUGCCUGAGAGGACGCAGUGGGGGAGGGGCUUCGGACCACAGCAGGAGCACCCACUGCCCACCUCAGGGCUGGAAGCCUGACCUGGUUGGCCCGGGCCUCGGUUCUGUAACCAUUAACCUCUUCCCGAAACUAACACCAAUGAAAGUGUCAUUCCACGUGA